AUGGGUGGGGCUUCAAAACCGGAAGAAGUAACGUCUUUAGAAAAAAAAGGAACAAAAAAAACUGGAGUCGCGGUUAACUUCUAUUAACAGACAAUAUUACGCCGUUUUUUCUUUCACCGUAAACCAUUAAACAGUGUAGCACAGCUGCUGGCAACGACAGGCAGCAUAUGACGCGGAUUAACGCUUAGAGGACAGAUACGACAGCGGAAGAACUUCAGCGACGGGGUUUGCUCCCUCUACUGUCAUGCCUGGAGUUUAUCGAGAUUUCGCUGCGUGAACAAGAAUAUCCAGCAGGUUGCUCUCGGCUUUUCGGAGCAGCAGUUCUCCGCUCCGAGUCGUUUCGAUUGGAAAGGAUUAGCUUGGAGAGGUGACGGGACGGAGUUAAAAGCAGCGAGCCGCGGCUGGUCGAAGCUCCCUUACGCACUCAGAUAGGAGGCAGGGCUUGUCACUCGGAGAGAAUGAUCGUAGAGCCCAGGCGAGAAUUUUAAAGAAUACAGGGAGGGUCUCACGUUUUCUUUGGCCUGAAAUCGUCUGUUUUCGCUGCGGAAAUGCUGACUGAUAACCGGAAGCGACACCGUAGCUGUGACAGCGUGGAAGACCAGCAGCUGAUCCCACAGGCCAAGAGGUUAGGAGGGGGUCCCUGCCUUCUUGUGUCGGAUCUGGACUCGGAGUCUUCCAGCAGUGACAGCAGUACUGGAAUCAGCAGUCCAGAGGCCAGCACCAGCCCAUACAUGCCCAUUCAGAAAAACUGCACCAGCCCAAAGCCUAAAGAUCCUGCCAGCUCCAUGCAGCAUGGUCUCCAUGACGACGGGCAAAAUGUCUCCUACCACUACAUCAACGGAGUCCUGAGGGAGGCACACUUCAGCAGCCUGCAGCACCGAGGGCGUCCAGGCUCGACAUGACCGCGACCUGUGUGACCCCUGUUGACCUUUUCGUCCGCCAUCCAUCAGUGCUGAUGCCUCCGGCAUGAUCUCUUCCCUUCCGUUGGUGAAAAGCCUCAAGCGUCGGGGUGAGGGGAGUUGGGAGGUCCCACUUCGCCGUGUAUCAUUUGAGACCAUAAGCACACCCACCUUUCCAUGGCCCAGGCACUGUGGUUUGUCUGUGCAGUAUUGAUAUUUGUGUGUGUGUGUGUGUAUGCACCCUGUGCACUUUAGUAGGAGAUAGUAUCUCUUUACGUGGUUGGUGCGUGGACAUUUCCAUUGGUGCUAAUGAUAAAACGACGUGAUGACGAUCCAAAGUGCUUGUACAUUUAAAUAAAGUGAUGCACUUUACUCAACCAGUCCUCGACCGAACAUGCCAGCUGCUGGUCUGAAUGGUGGAAACUGGUGUUACAGGGGUGAUUAGGUACUGAAUUAGUUCAGUUAAAACACAGCUUUUGUCUUACCAACAUGAUAACGAUAGCACCAACUAGUUUAGUCAUCUUUAAAAUGUACUUGUGUGCUACACUAGUGUUUUAAAGGGAUAUUUCAGCUGAUCUGAAGUGUGUCUUGUGUAAAAUGUAUAAAUGUAACGUUCUGAACAGCCUGUUGGGAGAACUAGAUUACAUCCUCUAGGAAUGAUGAGCUAAUCCAGAAUGAAUGCAGCAAACACCAAAAUGGGUUUCUGUCAUUUGAAAACGCCAAUGUUAUUUUAAUAAACCUUUACACUGGU